GAUGCUGGUGGCCGUGGGUCCCUACGGGCAGUCCCAGCCCAGCUGCUUCGAUCAUGUGAAGAUGGGCUUCGUCAUGGGUUGCGCCGUGGGUAUGGCAGCCAGGGCGCUGUUCAGCAGCUUCUCCUGUUUCAGGAUCGGAAUGCAGGGUCGGGAGCUGAUGGGCGGCAUUGGGAAAACCAUGAUGCAAAGUGGCGGCACAUUUGGCACUUUCAUGGCCAUCGGGAUGGACAUACGUUGCUAAUUAGGAUGCGGAUGCCCUGCUACACCUAAACUUCCCCAUCCAUUUCAACUCUUGUACAAUAAUUAAAGUUUUUUUCUUCUCGUUAAA